GAUAGAUAGAUGUCAUUUUCCAGCCUCCUUGAAGAUAGGACUAUUCCGUUUAGGAUGCCAAGAGGAUCGAUGUGACGUCAUAAUAGUUGCGGUGAGUGUAACUAUAGCAACCAGUUCUAAAGUUCUAAGCUUUUGAAGUUGUAGAUUUUUAAGUUUACCUGCGAUCUUUGGAAAUUAUUUUCAGACUUGCAAAUUGAGACAAAUGAUUUUCCAGAGGAUUAAAUGAUGGAUACUUUUCAACCUAAGCACAACUCAGAAGGCCACACCUGCAGCACCGUGCAUGGUGAGGAGUGCCGUUCUCCAUGCAUCGAUGUUGUUGGCAACCUUGCCAUACAAACAAGUAAAGGAGAUGUGCAUUUACAGAAGCCUGUUAAUGAACGACAAAAGUCCAGCUUUAGAACAGGCUCACGUAAACGGCAGUUCAAGUCUCCUCGUGAAGGUGACAAUGAUGAUGACAACCAUGAAACCAUUGCAAUGAUUCGCCAGCAACUUUAUAGCCUUGGUGGGCCUUAUGAAAAUAUGAGGAUAAAUCAGACAGACAGCGGGUCACGUUGCUCUAAAACUUCGCUCGGCAAUCUUAAACGAUGCCGGGACGACCAUGAGGAUGAGGAACAAACUGCUUUCAGUCAGCAGCCUGCAAAAAAAGCCAGGCUUGGCUCUUCAGAAUCCAGACUUGUUGCACUGUUUUGGCAUUUAAGGAUUAUGUCUAAUCUGAAGCCUGUUAAUGGACGACAAAAGUCCAGCUUUAGGACAGGCUCACGUAAACGGCAAUUCAAGUCUCCUCGGGAAGGUGACAAUGAUGAUGACAACCAUGAAACCAUUGCAAUGAUUCGCCAGCAACUUUAUGGCCCUGGUGGGCCUUAUGAAAAUACGAGGGUAAAUCAGACAGACAGCGAGUCACGUUACUCUAAUACUUCGCUCACCAAACGCAAACGAUGCUGGGACGACCAUGAGGAAGAAACUGCCUUCAGUCAGCAGCCUGCAAAAAAAGACCGGUUUGGCUCUUCAGAUGUAAAACAUCUUGCAUUAUCAGGGCCUUAUGUUGAUAAGACUAAUAUGGAGUCUGUUAACAGACUACCAAAGUCCAGAUUUAGAACAGGCUCACGUAAAGUGCACUUUAAGUUGCCUCACGAAGGUGACAAUGACAGCAACAAAACCCGUUUAAAGAUUUGCCCGCAACAGUACGGACCUGUUGGUCCUUAUGAAAAUCUGAUAGUCAAUCAGGUUGACCCUUCAGAUUUGGCCUCUUCCUCUUUCCAUCAGCAAGCCACCACUAAUAGGAACAGCAGUUUAUACAGUCUCAGCAGUGGAGCUUCAGGGUCGAAUCUGGUAGGCACUUCAACGGAUGAAUCAACGUCUGGUCACAAAAGCAUGCAAACAAAGCUACAGCAAGAUACAGGAUGCAACACCGACUCAGAUUAACCAAGAAUGGUUGUUAACUAGUAGAUUUGGGGUACUCGACGCUCUGGAGCAGGUUUGGAACAAAAAUAGGUGUGCCAAGAUUGUAGCAUCAUACUCAAAAAGACUUGAGGCUGUAAUUGGUGACAAAGGUGCUUCAACAAAGUAUUGAGCAAAGGCUGUGAAUACUUAUGUUCAUGUGCUUAUUUUGUUUUUUAUUUGAAUAAAUUUGCACAGAGUUCAAACAAGAUUCUUUCACGUUGUCAUUAUGAGAUAUUGUUUGUAGAACUUUGAGGAAAAUAAUGAAUUUAAUCCAUUUUGGAAUAAGGCUGUAACAUAACAUGUGGAAAAAGUGAAGCGCUGUGAAUACUUUCUGGAUGCACUGCAUUCAUCUGACAUCCAAUCAGUCUGACCGUGUGUGUGUAUAUAUUCAACUAAUUAUAGACCGAUGUUAGGAUUGUAAAAGGCUCCAAUCACCAAAUUAAUUUUUAUUUCUGUAACCUUUGUUGCCAUGUAUGCCGC